AUGAUCCGCCAAUCCGUUACUCGUCCUCUCACCACGACAUCUCGUGCCGUCCUCACCCGCCCUUUCUCCGCGGUUGCUCCCAGAAUGGCUGCUGGUGAUACCGGGGCUACCCGACCUGGUGGUAUUCAAACUAGCGACUCAUUCCAGAAGCGCGAAGCUGCCCAAGAAGGUCUCUACAUUUACGAAAAAGAGAAGGAAAAGCUCGCCGCUCUCCGGAAGAAGAUCGAAGAACAGCGCUCACAUCUCAAUGAUUUAGAGAAGAAUCUGGAUGAGUUCACCAAGGGUGGAGAGAAGAAAUAG